AUACAAAUGUUGAAAACUAUCACUCUUUUGCGUUCUCCAGUGAGCUUCCGUGCAGCUUAUUCACUGCAUAUUCUACCGGAAAAUUCCUCAAUUUCUUCAAAGGGUAAAUCUUUUUUACAUUCCCAAACUACCCUUUUAAGUUCUUCAUCAAAUGAUGAAUUUUCAGCUGAUGUAGAAAAAGUUAAUAAAAUUUCAAGAAAAUUUCAUUGUAGUGUUCCAAAAACCUUAGUUUCUUCAAAGUUUAAAUCUUUUUUGCAUUCCCAAACUACCCCUUUAAAUUCUACUCAAAAUGAUGAAUUUUCAGCUAAAGUUUAUAGAAUUUCAAGAAAAUUUCACUCUAGUUCUUCAAAGGGUGAAUCUUUUUUACAUUCCAAAACUACCCUUUUAAAUUCUCCUCAAAAUGAUGAAUUUUCUGCUACAGUUUAUGGAAUUUCAAGAAAAUUUCACUCAUUUUGUUCAAAGGGUAAAUCUUUUUCACAUUCCCAAACUACCCUUUUAAGUUCUCCUCAAAAUGAUGAAUUUUCAGGUGAUGUAGAGAAAGUUUAUAGAAUUUUAAGAAAAUUUCAUUCAAGGGUUCCAAAACUUGAACUAGCUUUGUUAGAAUCUGGUGUUGUAGCUCGUUCAGGAUUAACCGAACGCGUAUUAAAUCGUUGUGGUGAUGCUGGGAAUUUAGGGUUUAGAUUCUUUGUAUGGGCAUCUAAGCAACCUGGUUAUAAGCAUAGUUAUGAUGUGUAUAAAGCAAUGGUGAAAAUAUUAGGUAAAAUGAGACAGUUUGGUACUGUAUGGGCACUUGUUGAAGAAAUGAGGAAAGAAAAUCCUCAGUUUUUAACACCAGAAGUGUUCAUUGUUUUAAUGAGGAGAUUUGCCUCGGCGAGAAUGGUGAAAAAAGCGAUUGAAGUGUUGGAUGAAAUGCCUAAAUAUGGUGUUGAGCCGGAUGAGUAUGUUUUCGGGUGUUUGUUGGAUGCUUUGUGUAAAAAUGGUAGUGUAAAAGAGGCGGCUAAGUUGUUCGAUGAAAUGAGGUUUAGUAGGUUUAGCCCUACGAUAAAGCAUUUUACGUCGUUGUUGUAUGGUUGGUGUAAAGAAGGGAAGCUUAUGGAAGCGAAAGUCUUGUUGGUGAAGAUGAGGGAGGCGGGUUUUGAGCCUGACAUUGUGGUUUAUAAUAAUUUGCUUAAUGGUUAUGCGGUGGCGAGGAAAAUGGCAGAUGCGUUUGAUCUUUUGUUAGAGAUGAGAAGAAAAGGUUGUAACCCGAAUGGAACUUCGUAUACGAUAGUAAUUCAGGCUCUUUGUUUGCAGGAUAAGAUGGAGGAAGCUAUGCGGGUAUACUUAGAUAUGGAGAGAAGUGGAUGUGAAGUUGAUGUUGUAACGUAUACUACUUUGAUAAGUGGAUUUUGUAAGUGGGGAAAGAUUGAAAAAGGUUAUGAACUUCUCGAUACUAUGCUGCAGAAAGGGUUUAACCCGAAUCAAACUACUUAUUUGCCUAUAAUGUUGGCACAUGAGAAGAAGGAAGAGUUGGAAGAGUGUUUGGAACUUGUGAAGGAAAUGGAAAAGAUUGGUAUACCUCCGGACCUUAACAUCUAUAAUAUAGUAAUUCGUUUAGCUUGUAAAUUAGGGGAAAUUGAUGAAGGUGUUCAAGUAUGGAACCAAAUAGAAGCAAAUGGGAUUAGUCCGGGGGUUGACACGUUUAUCAUUAUGAUUAAUGGUUUUGUUGAGCAAGGGCGUCUCGUAGAAGCUUGUGAUCACUUUAAAGAAAUGAUCGGGAGAGGUCUUUUUUGUGCUCCUCAAUAUGGUACUCUGAAGGACCUAUUGAAUACUUUGUUACGAGCGGAAAAACUCGAACUAAGUAAAGAUGUGUGGAGUUGCAUAACGACCAAAGGAUGCGAGCUUAAUGUGUCUGCAUGGACUAUUUGGAUUCAUGCAUUGUUUUCAAACGGACACGUGAAAGAGGCUUGUACGUAUUGUUUAGAUAUGAUGGAUGCUGGUUUGAUGCCUCAGCCAGACACAUUUGCCAAGCUUAUGAGGGGUCUAAGGAAGCUUUAUAAUAGACAGAUUGCUGCAGAGAUUACAGAAAGGGUGCGGAAGAUGGCUGAAGAGAGAAAUAUGACUUUCAAGAUGUACAAGAGACGUGGUGAAAGAGACUUGAACGAAAAAGCUAAGGAAAAACUGGAUGGGAGAAAGAGGAGAGCUCAUCGACGUCGUUGGGGUAGCCAUCAUAGUCAGGCUAAGACGUUGUGAUAUGAGAUAUCAGUGAGGAGGAUACUAUGAUGCAGUUUGACUUCAUAUUACAUGAAGGAACACGCUUUAAGUUGGAAUCUCACUGAGGGGGGAAGAAUUCUUGCAAAUAUCACAAGACUUCAUAUUGAUUUACACUAUAGAACUGAAACUUCACUAACUCUGGCUAUUCACUCAACUAUCAGAACUGUUCUGGUUUGCUCUAUCCUUCAGCCAAGGGAGAAGGCUGAAAUGUGCACAGACAGCAGCUUCCAGCUAAAAUAUGCACCAAGGCAACCAAGCUAUAUUGUUAAAUAGCAGAACCAAAUGAUAUAUUGUUAAUUAUUUUCGGCAUCAUAUAAGGAGAAUAUCAGAGUGCUCGAAUUAUCAGAAGAUUAGUCUUAGCAACAUGGGCCUUUCUGGCCAGAUCUAUUUCGGUGCAGAAUUGGGGUACGCGAAGAAUGCUUGGUGAAGGGUGUGAGUCGGAAGAUUAAGGUGUUGCGAUCGCGUCAGGUGCUGGUUACAGCUAUUUUGAGUUAGAGAUCUCCUGGGAAUCACAUUGAGUUAGCUGAGAUUGUUGUUCGUGUUUUGAUGCUUAUACUAAAAAGUUUUUGGUGGAGUUUUGGUCCAGUACCUGCUGCUGUGGUUCCUCCAGUCGCCAUCUCAAGAAAAAUGGCUCCAAAGAAGAAACCGGAGGAGGCGAAGAAUAUGGCCAAUCCAGUGUUCGACAAGCGGCCAAAGCAGUUUGGUAUCAGUGAGGCUCUUCCACCCAAGAGGGAUCUCACAAGGAACGUGUGCAUGUCUCGGGGGGUUCAACUCCAAAGGAAGAAAAGGAUUCUCAAGCAGCGAUUGAAGGCCUGAGGACACAGCUGCAAAGAAGGAGCGUCUUGUGAAUAGGCUCAAGCUGAAGCUGAAGGAAAAACUCCUGAAACAAAAGAAACCCAUCAUCGUGAAGUAUGGGCUUAUGCACAUAACUUACCUUAUUGAGCAGAACAAAGCUCAGUUAGUUGUGAUUGCUCAUGAUGUGGACCCAAUAGAGUUCGUUGUCUGGCUUCCUGCACUAUGCAGAAAGA